GUGGCCUGGCGCUGCUGGAUUUGACUAUUCAGAGCCGUACUGUGAGCUGUACUGUGGAGCCGAGGUCGCUCUUGGAUUAAAUAUCGUCUUUUUCGUGCUUUUCCCGUUGUUUAAGUGUUCAGAAACGUUCUUUAACGUUGUGAAAGUUUCUGCCGUUACGUGUUACGGACUAGUUUUGCGUCGUUGUGGCGUGGUUUCCGAAUAUAGUCGUAUUUCUUCGCUAAAGAACUGGACUGAUCUGCUCCGCUCUGCUGUACUGUAUGGAUCCGCGGAGAGAGCCGCUGCUGGAGGAGCUCUUCUGAGUGUGCGGUCUCCGUUUGGACGCUAUGUGAGCCGCGGAUCUAAGGGAAUGCAGUGAUAUGUGGGCUUUAAGGCACAUGUAAAGAGCAGGUCUUCACCACAAACCGAUUUGGAGGGUCUUGCCGCGGGCUUGAAGGGCUGGGAAGAGUCGCCGUUGCUCAAUGGAUCGCCAUUCCAGCCUGGUUUCGCUUUGGUUUCAGCUGGAGCUGUGUGCCAUGGCCAUUCUCCUCACUAAAGGAGAGAUCAGGUGCUACUGUGAUGCGCCGCACUGCGUUGCCACAGGAUACAUGUGCAAGUCGGAGCUUAAUGCUUGUUUCACCAAGGUGUUGGACCCACUUAAUACGAACUCCCCGUUAACACACGGGUGUAUAGAUCCUGUAUUAAACUCAGUGGAUGUGUGCCCCAAGAAGAACACAGAGACUUUAAAUGGAGGCUCAUCUCCCAUUGAGUGCUGUCACGAUGAUAUGUGCAACUACCGGGGAUUACCUGACAUUGCACACACUCGGAGCGACUCCACAGACCGAUACCAGCCAGACGGCUCCAAUCAGAACCUGAUCACGCGGGUUCAGGAGUUAGCCUCGGCUAAAGAGGUGUGGUUUCGUGCUGCGGUGAUCGCCGUGCCCAUCGCAGGAGGCCUCAUCCUGGUGCUGCUGAUCAUGUUGGCACUGCGGAUGCUGCGCAGCGAGAACAAGCGCCUGCGAGUCCAGAGGCAACAGAUGCUCUCCCGCCUGCACUACAGCUUCCACGGGCACCACCACGCCAAGAAGGGCCAUGUGGCCAAGCUGGACCUGGAGUGCAUGGUUCCUGUGACAGGACAUGAGAACUGCUGCCUGGGCUGUGAUAAGCUGAGGCAGGCCGAGCUGAGCCUGGCAGGGGGCGGCAGCGGAGGAGGGGAGCGCUUUCUCUCACUCGUUCACUGGGGGAUGUACACGGGCCACGGCAAGCUGGAGUUUGUAUGACUACUUCUCGGUGCCUCCACUGUUGCAGCUGGACUCUAAGGAGGGGAAACUGAGGACGCUGCUUAUGCUUGAACUGCAUAGCGUUGUUUGUUGAACUUUUGUUAUUAUUAAUAUUAUUAUUAUUUUUAUUUGCCCCUAUGCCUUUGUAAUUUUAUUGCCCCUUCUUUGUAAAUGGAGAGAAUGGAAAUGGAAAAUUGAAAAGGACACCUAUGUGUUGUUUUGUUUCAGUUUUUUUUUUAUUAUUAUUCCUCAAUGGAGCACUUUACUUGAAUCUUGAAUUAGAAAUGUGAGAGGGAGGGUGCAGUUGCUGAAAGUUAAGCCCCGCCCCUCUCCAAGGCUUGUCCUGUGGAUCCUGGACUGACACUGAAGACUGAAGGAUUCGUAAUGUCCGUCUUAUUUGCACAUUUGUAUAAAAAUGACGAGAUGAAAAUACUUUCUUUCUCUCUCUCUUUUUUUGCCUUUAAAAAAAGCUCAUUUAGAAGAAGUUCACUGACACCAGGGUACAAAUAUGGACAUUUUUUAUUUCAGUCAUCUUCUAUAAAUAAAGAACUCAGUGUUGACUGUAAAAGUUUAAA